AUGACUUCAGCACCCCGCACCCAGCGAGCCCCAGCAACACCGAAUGCACUCCCAAGCCAUAAGCGGAAAUCGCAGGACCAGGCACAGGAAACCGUCGAGACUCCUGGCGACGAGGAAGAACACCCUCCCAACCUCCUCAACGCCCGAAACCCCGAAGCCCCAGCUCAACAGCCCGAGUACUCCGAGGCUCCCGGCAACCCCGUACAACACAACAACCUCAACCACAACAACACCAACCCUCCCGACAAAGAACCCAAGAGAACCUACCCCUACGCACGCACAGACACAAUCCUCGCAAAGCCCUGCAUCCGCAAGAAGCCCGGACAAAGAUGCGAGUCGUGCAGCGGCGCGAGCAGCAAAUGCAAAGAGCUCUCCCCGGGGCUCUACGCGCGGUUCAACAGGCUUCGCGACCUCGACGCCAGCAAGGAUAAUCUCGUCGAGGCAAGCAAGGAGUUCGCGGAGUACGCGAUUGCGUUUGAGCGGCGGGUUGCGCGGGAGGACGAGAGUCUGAGGCUCCUGCGGUCGAUUAAUCGGCACUUGUUUCACUUGAGGGGCAUGCUUGGGGCGGAGUUGGGGAGGGGCGAGUUGGACGAGGCCCAGGAGCUGGUUUGGCCGUGUGUUGAUGGGGGCGCUGGGGGGGAUAAUGCUUGA